UAUUCUUUGAAGAAAUAUCAAAAUUUGAAGCUUUCAAUAAACACAAUGAAAGGUGCAGUUUCUUCUCUCUUGGUACCUUUUGUCCUCUUGGCUUUGGCCUCCUCGCUUGGCUCGGCCUUCGAUCCAAGCCCUCUUCAAGACUUCUGUGUCGCCAUCAAUGAACCUAAUGAUGCUGUGUUUGUGAAUGGAAAGUUCUGCAAGGACCCGAAGCUCGUCAAUGCAAGCGAUUUCUUUUUAUCUGGUCUCAAUGUUCCAGGAGAUGUCUCAAAUGCUGUCGGUUCUAAUGUCACUGCUGUUAGUGUCAAUCAACUACCAGGACUCAACACACUCGGUGUAGCCCUAGUUCGAAUUGACUAUGCACCGUACGGUGGCCUAAACCCACCUCAUAUUCACCCUCGCGGCACAGAAAUCCUUGUAGUCCUGGAAGGAACACUUUAUGUUGGAUUUGUCACAUCCAACGCGGAUGGUAAUCGCCUUUUCGCCAAAACCCUAAACCCAGGAGAUGUGUUUGUGUUUCCUAUCGGUAUGAUUCACUUCCAACUCAAUAUUGGGAAGACACCUGCUGUGGCUUUUGCAGGAUUGAGCAGCCAAAACUUUGGUUUGAUUACAAUUGCAAAUGCAGUAUUUGGUUCGAAUCCACCAAUCAAUCCUGAUGUUCUCACUAAGGCCUUUCAACUAGACAAGAACAUAGUGGAGUAUCUUCAGAAAAAGUUCUAGACUAACAAUUUAAAUUGUAUUAAUUUCAUUGUGGAUGUUAUGAUAUAUGGUUGUUUGCAAAUAAUGAGGUUGCAAUUGUGUGCCUCUAUAAAUGUUUGGUUUACUAGAACCAAUUUCUGUUAUGUUUUGUUUUUAAGUUAAUAAUAAAUGUUUGGUGGAAAUGAAUACA